AUGAGGAUUUACAAGUGCAAAGCUGGACAUGUGAGGUGCUCAUUGUGCCACGAGAAGCUUAAAGCCACCGGAAGCUGCCAUAUGUGUGGUGGUGUUGCCAACAGUUCUUACACACGGAGCCGCGCCAAGGAGCGCGUGGUUGAGGCCAUCCGCGUCCAGUGCCCAAAUGCUGGUCGCGGCUGCACCACCAGGCCGGCCUACUAUGACCAGGAGAGACACCGUCAGACAUGUCUGCAUGCGCCCUGCCGCUGUCCCAUUGUGGACUGCAACUUCGUCGGCUCGACAAAGGUCAGGACUGGCCAGAUGUGCAACUUAUACCUCAAGGAUGGCCUCAACACCGUCAAGCUCCCUGACGAAAAGCAAGGCACCACCGCCCGCAGGCUGUGCCUGUUCCUGCUGGACGUGGUGCGCCAGCUGCUUGGCUGCACGAUCUCCGUGCUCCUCAUCCACCCACAUGGUGCCGAUGAGCACCAGGGUUCGUGCUCCAUGAAGAUGAAAUGCGAGCUCACGUACUCAUGGAACCUUUCAUUGAGUUGCGGUGAUCAGGUGGAGCAUAGCCAGGAGUCCAAGUUCACCGCGACAUGCACUGAUCGAUCCACUGGACUGCCCAACCCUGACGAGGGCUUCCAGUUUGUUGUGCCUAAUUCCGUUCUUGCAGACGAUGACAAGGAGAACGCUAUCAAGGUUGGGUUCCGUAUUGCCAACAACUCAUAG